ACUGCCAGAACCGAUCAGCUUUUCUCUCCACGGAUGGCGGAAGUCCCAGCUGGCGAUGAGACGCUAACGCCAGACGAUACCGCGGACGUGUUGGAGGAGAUACUGCCUGCACAGAACAAGUCCUACGAGCUGGGGCUCAAGUUGAAACUGCCGCAACACGUCGUGGAAGCCAUCCACUCCAAGGACAUUCCGGCUGAUCAAUACCUUCUUAGAAUUCUGAUCAAGUUCCUACAGCAAGUAAACCCCAGACCGACAUGGAGGGUCAUGGUGGAAGCUCUCAGGAGUCCUUCUGUCAACCUAACAGGUCUUGCUAGGAGAGUGGAAGCAGCUCAUUUCCCUGACUCUACCGCAACACGUGAUGUGGUACCUAAGACUACUACUGACACCACAGAGUCUACAGCCAACACUACUGCUGGUGAUGACGAGGUAAAAUCAAAGCCAUCCACUGAACUGAACCCUGCUACUGUUACGGCAGUGGAGACUGAAAUCAAAGGCCUUCACAAGAGGUUCAACGCUCUAAAAGACCUUGCAAUCCAAGGCCUACAGAAGAUCGGUGUUGCCGUCGUAAUGGUUGUCUACAUUCUCACCAACAUUCGGACACACGAACAUCGACUAUUUCUCAAAGAGAAUCACAAGGCUCUUCGACAGUGCGAAGACCAUCUUGAGCUGUUUGGAUCUCUCAACUUCUACUGGAACUACCUCGCACCUGAUCUGCUCGACCACCUGAUCGGAGAACUGACUGAAAGACAUGAGGAUUUCAACACGACUGCUAGUGAGAUGACCGCCUACAAGAAGGAUCUGGAAGAGUUUAAAAAGCGUACGACAUUGGUUCUGUUCUGUGAGGCUGACCCUCGGCCGCUCGAUGAAGAUCCUCCACCUGGCUUCAGGAAGAUGGUAGUCAAGUUUGACUGGCCCCGAACUGCAACACUGGAAAAUGUGGAGAAGUUCAGGAGACGAUAUGCCAGCAGCUACGACCUUCACACAUGUGCCAUGAUGUUAAACAGCAUUGGGACUGGAUGUUUCACUGCCACUUGGUUCGUACCCGUCUCAGUGGUGGAGAUGUUGAGGAAGAAGAGAGCAUUGGCUGUUUUCAAGGAGUUCAGUGUCACUAGACUAGACAUCCACACCUCAACACAGAUUUGUGUCUACCAAAUCCUUCCUCAGAGACCAGUGGCUCCAUCCUCAACCAGUGACAGUUCGCCAAUUGCUAAGUCCAAUGUUGCCAACAGAAGCGAGGAGCCAGACCAAGUGUCGUCAGUAGACGAGGACUAUCUAUUUGUUGAGGAACCAUCAGAUGACUUCUUCUGUCCAGUGACAAUGGGUCUUCUGCUCCAUCCUUACCUCACAUCAUGCUGUGGUAAUCAUAUCUCAGAGGAAGCUGCCAGCAGAAUACGGAGAGAGGAAGGGGCAUGUCCGCUGUGCAAGAAGAAGGAUUGGAACACAAUGUUUAGCAAGCACUUCCAGCGUCAAGUGAACUCGCUGCAUGUGUUCUGUCGUCACGAGGACAGAGGGUGUGGCUGGCAGGGGGAGCUGGCUGCCUUUCACCCUCACGUGAACUCUUGUCCCAUGAGAGAUGGUCCUCCCAUGACUGAGCUAGUGAAACUGCCAGUAUACAGAGAGGCUGGAGCCAUUUCUCCGCACUCUUCCGCCUCUGGAACUAUUUUACGAGUGAACAAGGCUAAGGCUGAACUUAGGUCAGCCCCAGAAUCAGUAAAGAAACACAUUUCUGUUUCUACUACUUCAGUAGAUGAAUAUGGUGAGUGCUUUUAUUGAUAACAUUUUAGAGAUUUAGAGAGGA